AUGCCUGCCUUCCGCCCGGUCCGUCUAAGGUCAAUCCUUCUUGCGAUGGGAGCCGUGCUCCUCAUCUGCUCCGUCUACCUAUACUGGACUCCGACAACAGCCACUGCCUCCGUCGUCCCUAGUACGGCCUUUGAAGUUCCCCUUGCUGAACGCCAAAACGCAUUCUGGAAAGCCCUCAAGCCCAUUCUAGAAAGAAACGCUCCCAACUGCCCUCCCCCCGCUCGAACUGGCGAUGCGGGCGCCAUCCCGUUUAAUGCAACGACGCCCAAUGACCGACCUGACUUGAUAGAAAUCCCCGCUGAGGAUCGCACUGCGAUGCAGGAGGCACAUGAAAAAUUCAUACGCGAGGUCAAAGAAUCCCGGAAAUUGCGCCCGGUGCAUACUCCCGGGUCAAAGGGUCUGGUGUCCACCGCGGGGGCGUCAUACCUGCCGGUGUUUCUGUCGUCGCUGCGAAUGCUUCGCCGGAAAGGGUCAAAUUUGCCUGUUGAGGUGUAUAUGAAGGAUUCGGGAGAGUACGAGAAACGCAUAUGCCAGAAGAUCCUUCCGGAGCUCAACGCGCGAUGCUUGGUUCUCUCCGAGAUCGUGGGGGACAACGCUAUCGAACACUAUCAGCUAAAGAUCUUUGCCGUUCUCUUUUCCUCCUUUGAGCAAAUCCUCUGGAUGGAUGCGGAUUGCUUCCCCUUAGAUAAACCGGAGCUUUUGCUGGAGACAGAACCCUUCACUUCUUCUGGUCUGGUUACCUGGCCCGAUUUCUGGGCCUCGUCCGCCUCUCCGGCCUACUUUGAGGUCUCCAAGCAAACGGUUCUUAGCAUGUCGGCCCGGCAAUCGUCGGAGACGGGUGUCUUUUUGGUCUCGAAGAAAACCCAUUUGCGUACGCUGCUGCUGGCUGCCUACUACAACUACUACGGACCGUCGCAUUACUUUCGACUGCUAUCUCAAGGGGGACCUGGAGAGGGUGACAAGGAAACCUUUCUCCAAGCGGCUUCUGCCCUGGGGGAACCUUUUUACGCAGUCAGUGAGAGAGUCCAAGCGAUCGGUCAUCCGAAAGAGAAUGGUGAAAUCUCUGGGUCUGCCAUGGCACAGUCGGACCCAAUAGAAGAUUAUGCCCUGACCAGUGAGGGAAUAUGGCGCGUACAGGAUGAAUCUGCCGGCAAACCCCCUCGCGUCUUCUUUGUUCAUGCACACUAUCCCAAGUUCAAUCCCGGAGAGCAUGUUUUUGGGGAAAGUUGGGAAACGAAGCCAACCCUCAAGCCCGACGGGUCGCUUGGGAGAGCAUGGAUUGCGCCAGAUGAUAUUAUGCAGCGGAUGGGCUAUGAUGUCGAAAAGGAGUAUUGGGAAGAGAUCAAGUGGGUUAGCUGCAACCUGGAGAACGAAUUCCGGUCCUGGAAAGACAUUCAGGGGAUUUGCCAGAGGGUUGAAAAUUAUUGGCAAACUGUCUUUGCGGAACCACAUGAUGACGACCCCAAGUUUACAAACGACGCCUAA